CAGACGUUCGGGGGGGAGCAUCACCGUGACCUGGAGCAACUGGGAAAGUCUUCAUGACAGGCUAGAUGGGCGCUGGGUGGGAACCGAAGGCUUGGAAGUCUGAGCACUUCUACAGAGGAAGGCAGGCGUGCCCCUCAGCUCCUGAGCACUGGCGGGAUUUCUGCGUUCCUCUCUUGUUUGGAUCAGGGACUGAACAUGGAUGCCACCCAGCUUCAGAGCCUUCUCAACCAGGAGCUCCUGAAAGGAGCUCCAGGGGACACGUUCUCUUUGGAUGAGUGCCGGAGCAUCGUGGCUCUGAUGGAUCUGAAAGUGAACGGGUGGCUUGAUCAAGAGCAGUUUGCAAGGCUGUGGGGCCGGCUUGUCCGCUGCCAGAGUGUUUUCCAGAACACCCAGAAUCGCUCUGGAGUUUUCCUGAGUUUGGAUUUGUGGAAGGCUAUAAAGGAUACAGAGACUUUCCGGAACCUCUCCAAGGAUGGAAAACGACUCUACCUGACAGAAAUGGAGUGGAUGAACCUGGUCAUGUACAACUGAAGCAGGGAGUAGAGCAGACUCCAGAGUCCAGG